AUGGAGCCGCAAACACCUGUAAUCCAGACGCCAAACGUCGGUAUGAAAUUAUCCGGAUUUAAGGAAAGGUUAACGAAACGCUCGUUUGCGGAUGCGUUCGACGAUGAUGAUGAUACGAUCGACACUCCUACGCGCCAUACCAAGACCACCCAACUCGAAGCACCGUACAAGUCAAAAGAUGAAACCCUUACUCGAUAUUAUAUUCGCUUGGCGCAGCACUGUGAGAGGACUGGACAUAUCACUCGCCCCCAACUUGGAUUCACGGUUCGCUGCAUUACUGACACCGAGCACCAGUAUCACAAGGCAGUAAUGGAUGUGCUCGCUGUCUACGAUGAGACUCGGAUGGGAUGUACCUUUGGCUCCUUCUUGGAGGAAAUUUACCCCAACAAUACGACCAAAAUGAAGAGUCUGGUAAAAGAAUCCUUGAUGAAACAGGCUUCCUCACAAGCUAUGUCGGCGGCCUGUACGAUGCUCUCUAAUGGUGUAGCGGCUUUUGGUGCUAUCCUUCUCGCGAGAGCAUUUGGGUGGAACGUCAAGGGUGACGCAAGGUUGAUGCCUAGAAAUGUGGCUUUGACAGGCAGUAUAACCGAAGAUCACAGUGCACUCCUUGUUCGUACUCGAGAGCACCGAAAUGAGAAUGGGUUACUGUAUAUUGUUUUACCGAGUCCGUGUGUUUUGAAUUCACGGUAUAUGACGCAUGAGCGGUUUAUUGAGGAGGUGUGGUGGGGGUGUAAAGGGGAUUGGGAAAGUCGAAUGUAA